AAAACACAGAGGGAGGACUGUCUGCUUCAGACAGAAUUUGCUGUUAUGUUUUUUUAAUCUUUUGCCUUUUUUGUUGUGUUUUGUUGUUUAUCUUGAGCAGCUGGUGUAGUGCAUCUGCUGCUAGGCUGGACCGUGCAUGUGUUUUGAAUAUGGAUUCAGUUUGUUGAGCACCCAGGCGUGCACACAUGGAAACACAAUACAUCCAGGAUUUUCUUUUGCCAGUGGGAUAAUAACAACAAACGGGCGUGGCUCCUUUAAGGACAGAGGUAUAAACACAAACACACACACAUGCACAUUACACACUUGAACACGCAUGCACACACAAGUGAAGAAAGCUGUUGCAGUACUAGCCUUUCAGCGGAUUUUCAAAUUAAAAGCCCUCAAGAUAAGUAAAUGAAAGAAAUUAUGUGACAUUACGCUCUUAAUAUAUAAAAAUAACACGUGGUCUACUUAAAAAUGUGAGUUUUUGUUACAUUGGAAGCUUGGCAAAAAUUGAUUUUUUGCAUAAUAUCACAAUAAAAUCUGUGUAACAUUCAAUGACAAUUAAACCUGAUAUUUUGCUUUCCCAAUUGAACCAAAAUUUAAAAAAAGUCAGAGUGAUGUGUUUCUUAUUAAUAAUAUUAAGAUACCUUGAUAUAUUUAAUGAAUGUUCUCUUUUACAGUCAUUGACUUUUAUUCAAGGUGAAAUCAGAGAAAAUUAACGUGAACAAAAAAUAGAUCGUAAAUGUGAAAAACAGAAAUUUUGAAUUUUAAAGAAUAUAUAAAAAGUUUUAAAAAAUAAAAAUUUGAAAACAGUUUUAAACUCGAAAGUACACAAAAUAAAAUUGAAGAAAUAAACACUCCUUUUCAUUUGGUACGAGUUGUAAGUUUUAAGUAAAAAAAUGAUUAAAAAAAAAAUGGUGCAAUUCUUAGAUAUUUAUAUAUUUAUAUUUUUUACAUUUGCACAUUUCUGUUUUAAAUUUUCAACAAUUCCUUGAAGUUUACAAUUUACCCCCCAAAAUUUUACAAUCUGUUUUUUUCAUUCACUUUAAGUUGGUCAUGAAUUGACCAUUGACUAUAUACAGUCUAUGGAAUUGACCCCAUAGAUUGAUCAUUUUCUCUGUGCAAAACCAGGAAAACUGCCCCAUUAGUGUUUCAACAAAUCUGUACUUUAGUAUUUUAGUUUACUUGUAUUUAUUUAAUUUUUUUCUCCUUAGUAUUUUUUAUUAUUAUAUUAUUGUAGUUUGUUUAAACUAUUUAGUAAUUUUGGCCAUCAAGAUAUGACUGUAUGUUUUAUCUUUUUUACAGCUGCUAUAAUUUUCUAAUGUUGUGUUGUGUCAUUUGAAUUAUUUUAUGUCAGUGUGUUGUAAUAUGUUCCAUAAAGAAAAGUGAAAAUGGACUCUGCAGUUAGGAAUCUCUCUGCUUUAUUCUGAAAAACCUAACCGGAAGUAGGCCUUCCUGCGUGGUUAAAUAGAUCUGUGGAGCGGCAGCAGCAGUGUCCAGUGUUCAGCAGCAGAGAUGGAGGAAGACCUGGCCGCCUGCGAGCUUCUCUAAACCGGACAAACGAGGGCAGGUGGAGGAUCUAACCAUGGCGGACACCGAGAAGUGAGGAUCUCCCUACAGAGAGCCGGAGCCUCCUCUCUCCUCCGGGACAGAAUGAACCGCGUCCUCUAUUGAGCCUCUCCUCGUUGGGUUGGGAUGGCCCAGUGAUGAACGGAGCGGUGCAGCCUGGUAGCCCGGAGCUCUCCUCCUCGUGCCCGCUGCCAGACUGGCGAGAGUUCUGCGAGCUUCACGCUCGAGCUUCUGCUGCAGACUUUGCCAACAAGUUCCAGCGCUUUCUGUUGGAAAACCCCUGCUACGACUCCCCCGGAGCGGACACCAGCUUCUCCCAGCACUUUGCCCAUCACUUUUUGGAGUGCUUCUCUGCAGCGCUCACUCAGGCAAGAGAGAGCAAAGCGUCCUCCCCCGGGGAGGAGGGCUCCAACGCAGCCCCCAAGUACAGCAUCGUUCCUUUCCUGGGAAUCCAGGGUUGCCCGCUGUCCUACGGCCACGACCUUUACCAGAAGCGCAAAGACGCUGGGGCUUCAACUGAAUCCCUGGACAGCAUGGACAGUGGAGGGGGCGGGAUAGACGGGGGAGGCAUCGGCACCACCGCCUCCCGAGGCCGCCCAACCACUCACAAGGUGUCCGCUCUGGGACAGUCCCGCAGCUCUGAGGACGUAUCGGUCAGUCACCCGAAAGCGCGCUUCAAAAAAGGUUUUUCCCUGAGGAACAUGAGCCUCUGUGUGGUGGACGGGGUGAAGGAGAUGUGGCACAGGCGCGCCUCCCCCGAACCAGAGGCUCCUACUGGGGCCAGGAAAGCAAACGGAGGAGGAGGGGAGGCGCCGGCGCCGGCGGCAGCGGCAGGGGGAGAGAAGUGGUCCCAAAAGCUGCGGCUUCCAAGAGGCUCCCAGGGCCACAAGGCGGAGCUCCUGGAAAUCCAGAGGGAGGGGGCGCUGAGGUACAUGGUGGCCGAUGACACAAACUGUAUGGGGGCCGCUCAGUGGCAGAAAUGUCGCCUGCUGCUGAGGAAGACCAAGAGGGAGGAAGGAGGCGACAAGUUCAUGCUGGAGUUUUACGUGCCACCAAAGUCCUCAAAACCCAAAGUCAGCAUCCCUCUGUCAGCCAUUGUGGAGGUGAGGACCACCAUGCCGCUGGAAAUGCCCGACAAGGACAACACUUUUGUACUGAAGGUGGAAAAUGGGGGAGAAUACAUCCUGGAAACCAUCGACUCCUUACAGAAGAACUCGUGGGUUGCUGACAUCCAGGACUGCAUAGACCCCAGUGACAGCGGUGACGACAUUGAGCUGGCAUCGUGUCCCCACGGUCAGGCCUCCAAAGACUGCUCCAUGGUGACCUCGUGCAGCUGUGAGCUGCUGUCUGAAGGUGUGUACCGGGCUCCAGAGAGGCCUUGUUCUACAGCUGUAGAGCACUACAGCGCCCCCUCAGUCCGUUGCAGGGAACCCUCUUUUACCCAGCACCCCUCCCACAUGCCUUUAGAGCGCUUCCUUCAGUCCCCAGAGGCUCAGAAUUCUUCUGCAGGUGGUGGAGAAGGAUCCAAAGAGUCAGAGGGGGACGCCAGCCUGGUGGGCUACCCAUGGUUCCACGGUACGCUGUCUCGCGUGCGGGCGGCCCAGCUGGUGCUCACAGGCGGGUCCAUAAGCCACGGGCUUUUUGUGAUUCGCCAGAGCGAGACACGACCUGGCGAGUAUGUUCUCACCUUCAACUUCCAGGGCAAAGCCAAGCAUCUACGCUUGUCUGUUAAUGAGAACGGACAGUGCCACGUGCAUCACCUGUGGUUCCACACCGUCUCGGACAUGCUGAGGCACUUCCACACCCACCCAAUCCCGCUGGAAUCUGGCGGCUCCGCCGACAUUACGUUACGCUCCUAUGUGCAGGUGCAGCGAAGCUCCACUACAGAUGUGACCGUGCCUCCAGUCCUCACCCCUCCCAGGGAAGCAGCCUGCAGAGCAGAAGCAGCUCAGCCCGCUCUUCACACCUCUGGAGUGACAGCGCCUGCGGGGCCUCCCUCUGAUGCCCCCCUGUCGUCCAGCACCUCUUCCUCACCAAUUGCUCUUCCUUCCCUCUCCCGAAGUGACCCUGGUACCGGAGGAGGAGGAGGAGUAGGAGGAGGCCUGCAGAGCCGAAGUAACAGCUCGGAACGGCUGCUGGAUGCCUCUAGUGGAUCGUCCGAGGACUACCACGACGCAGACGGGACUCGGAGGGCCCGAGCCGUGGAGAACCAGUACUCUUUCUACUAAACAGCCCCCUAUCGGGGAGGAGUUCUGGGACUGAGGGAGACGAGCAUCUUGUGUAUGAGGGGAAGUGGUUCACAUCGACGAAUCAUUUACCAUUUUGUCUGUUUGUUUUGAGUUUCAGGCGAUUUCCGGGAAGAAUUAAAAAAACAACAAUUCAUGCUUCUGUUUUCCUUAUAAAUUAAUCUACCAAGAAAAAGAAAAAAUAACGGGUUAAAACAGUGAACUUGACUACUGAGGAAAGGAGAACCAGUGGAAGCAUCUGGCUUUGAUUCUCCUCCUCCGACCACUUCCUGCUCAGCCUCAGUUCCCCAAAAGCAGUGUCACCACCCUGCGGGACGUUUGAACUGACCCCACAGAGAAACUCCCUCCCCAGUGAGCUCCUCCGAGAGCAUCUCCUCAAUGUUUGUAAAGCUGCUUUGAGUUUGUUCCGGAUAUCCUCACCGUCCCUCCGGGUUUCCUCUACAAAGUCCCUCUCCGAGUCUCUUCACCGCGAUUUUUUCCCCCUGAUACUUUCAACCGUAAAGGGUCUUAGUGCCUGACAGUCACGUUGGACACAUUCAAGCUGCUGCAAAACAAGGAUGUAGCAGACAAGGAUGGUGUCAUCUCACAUCAUCACAGAAAAAGAUAUACAAAAUAUGCAUAUCUCUUCAUACAUGCUUUGGAAAGUUUUAUUGAUACCAUUACAUAUGCACACGAGGUCAUGUGUUGCGGAUACGUCUGACGCAGCUUUUUGCUGGUGUUUUAGAGUCCAAAUAUUUUUUAAUGAUGAGUGUGCUGCAUUAAUAAAGAAAAAAGAAAAAAAACAUGUUUUUUCUGGGUUCCUCCUUCUUGUUAUGGUCCUGUAUUCAUUAUAUUGAUAACCUGUAGAUUAGAGAUGCUGGUAAUAUAGAUUACUUUGAAGAAAUGCCUUGAACAUAUUAUUAUUAUACCAAAUCCAGCAUUUAUCAGAGGAACUCAGAACAUGUUUUUUUUUUUUAUAUAUGAAAGUGUUGUGUGCUGUCUUGUGUGGCCUGCAGGUGAAUUUGUGGGCAAAUAGAGUUCAAAAAGCAAAGAAUGGCCAUGCUUGGAUGGAAAAUUUUCACUUUAUCUUUAAUUGAUUUUUUUUUAUAUAUAUAUAUAUAUAUAAGUUUGACUUUCAUUGAAAUUUUGAGAUUUCUUUUUAAAGAAAAUGAAAGUCGUUCUUUUGAAUUUAAAAUUUAACUUAAAAACUUUUUUUUUUUUAUAUAUAUAAAAAGUUCAAUUUUAAUUUUUGUUGUUGGGUUUUUUGAGAAUCCACACUGCCAAUUUAUGAUUGACUCUAGUGGCAAAUAGGCUGAUGGGAGCAGAAAACUCCUGGUUUUGUGUUUUUGCAGCUUAAAUCAUCACUUUUUAAAAAAUAGAAACGCUACCUUCUAUUCAUUAAACUUUAAAAAUAUGCGAUAAAUGUUUUGUUUUGGUUUCUGGUCACUUCAAAAUUAAAAAGAGGAUUAUAUUUCUCAACACUACAAAAGGUUUUACGCCUGAUCAUCUUUUUUGUUAUAAACAGUUGCUGGGCAACCAUUUGAUUAAUAUGUGAAUUUAGUUUUAUUAACAUAAAAAAACUUUAUUACUUUCUGUAGAUAUUUCAACCCCAAAGUGGGGAAAAAUGAAACAAUAACUUUAUGAUUUCUAACUUUUUUGCUUUAAUGAAAUGAACAUAUCGCUGUCUUUUCAAGCAUGGCCAUGUAGCUUCAGAGGAGCGAAUGGAGCAGUUUAUGUGCCAAUUUGAAUCCUACUUUUGACACCUAUAAUUUAACUGCUGUAGAUGACAUUUUUUCCUAUUGAAUAUUAUUUAUGUGAAACCAACCCCCCCCUUGAUGAAAGUGUCCACAGUGGAACUCACCCUACAUAUCACAGAUCUUUCAUGUCUACCUUUAUUUUCUUAAUUCUCUUACAGCUGAACUUUCUGUGGUCUGACUGGGUUUUGAAGAGUCUGUGCAAUUUUGUACAAAGUGAUGUACUUGACAUACUACUUUAUAUUUCUGUGAAUAAAAUGUGAAGAAACAA